AUGACUCAACAGAAUGUGGUAGUGUCCGAGACGAAAACCGGAAUCAACGCCGGUAAUACUAGUAUUACCGUGGCACAGAAGCCACCGGCGGCACCCGGUGGUUACAUUUCCAUUCCGAGGAGGAGAAUUUUGAAGAACCUUGAAAUCAAUGGAGGACAGAGAAUCAAUAUUUCCAUUGAUUCCAUGAGAGCUUCUUCUCCGACUCAUGUCAAAUCAACUCCUUCUUUAGCUGAAGAAUACAAUUCUUGGAUCCUUCAUCAUCCGUCUGCAUUAGACAUGUUUGAGCAGAUUAUAGAUGCGGCUAAGGGGAAACAAAUUGUCAUGUUUUUGGACUAUGACGGUACUUUGUCUCCUAUUGUCGACGACCCCGACCGCGCUUUCAUGUCGGAUUCGAUGAGGAAAACUGUUAGGAAACUUGCAAGGUGUUUUCCUACUGCAAUUGUUACUGGAAGAUGCAUAGACAAAGUGUAUAAUUUUAUUCGUUUGGCUGAACUAUAUUAUGCUGGAAGCCAUGGUAUGGAUAUUAAAGGGCCAACAAUAGAGUCCAAAUCCAACCAAAAUGACAAAGCAGAGGAAGUUCUUUUUCAACCUGCUAGAGAAUUUGUUCCUAUGAUAAAUGAGGUGUAUGAACAAUUAGUUGAGAAAACAAAAUCAACUCCUGGUGCUAGAGUUGAGAAUCAUAAGUUCUGUGCCUCUGUUCAUUUUAGAUGUGUUGAGGAAAAGAGAUGGAUUGAAUUAGCACAGCAAGUAAAAUCAGUAAUAAAAGAGUAUCCAAAACUUCGUCUUACACAAGGAAGAAAGGUAUUCGAGAUUCGUCCCUCAAUUAAAUGGGACAAAGGCAAGGCUUUAGAAUUUUUGUUAGAGUCACUUGGAUUUGCCAACUGUAACGAUGUGUUUCCUGUUUAUAUUGGUGAUGAUAGAACCGAUGAAGAUGCAUUCAAGAAAUUAAGAGACAGAGGACAAGGUUUUGGAAUUCUGGUCUCUAAAUUUCCAAAAGAAACUACUGCUUCUUACUCUCUACAAGAACCCAAUGAGGUUAUGGAUUUUCUGCAGCGUUUGGUGGAGUGGAAAAAAUUAUCUACAAAAUCACGUUCUAGGGUGUAG